GGGAGGCCCGGGAGGCCGGUCUGCGGUACAUAACAGAAUGAAGAGGUAGUCACCGCGGGAGAUCGCGGCCAUUUGCACGCCUAAGUGUUGCCUGACAAAAUGAAACUUCAGACCAUGGCAUGCAGUGAAUCAGAGGAGGAUUCUGGGGAUGAUGAAGAAGACGAGGAAGAGUCAGAAGCAGAGAGUUUAAGCAGAACGUCCCCAGUAGAUGAGGAAAUCACCAUCGAAAAUGUAGACCCCAAGCCAAGAGAGGAAAGCCAAAGUCAAGACAAACGGGACCUUGAACUUGAAAAGCCAAAGACAGACAUAACCCUGGACACAACGGACCAGUCUAAAAAGAAAAAGAAGAAGAAACGCAGGGUAAUUGGUAUCAAUUUAACAAACUGCAAGUAUGAGAGUGUGCGUCGUGCUGCCUCCGCGAGUGGAUUGAAGGAGGUUGGAGAUGAAGAGGAGUGGACAGUCUACUGGACGGACUGCUCUGUCUCACUGGAGCGUGUAAUGGACAUGAAAAGAUUCCAGAAAAUCAACCACUUCCCAGGAAUGAGCGAGAUAUGUAGAAAGGACUUGUUGGCAAGAAAUAUGAAUCGUUUGCUAAAACUUUUUCCUAAAGACUACAACAUCUUUCCAAGAACAUGGUGCCUGCCUGCUGAUUAUGGUGAUUUACAGGCCUACUGCCGCACAAAGAAGAACAAGACUUACAUCUGCAAGCCUGAUAGUGGCUGCCAAGGCAGGGGCAUUUUUCUUUCCAAAAACAUGAGGGACAUCAAACAUGGCGAGCACAUGAUCUGUCAGCAGUAUAUCUCCAAGCCAUUCCUGAUUGAUGGGUAUAAAUUUGAUCUACGUAUAUACGUCCUUGUGACAUCUUGUGAACCUCUGCGCAUUUUUAUCUACAAGGAAGGCCUUGCGCGUUUUGCAACCAUGAGUUACACAGAACCUAGUCACAGCAAUCUGGACGAUGUCUGUAUGCAUCUGACAAACUACGCUAUCAACAAACACAGCGAAAACUUUAUCAGAGAUGACAUGACAGGAAGUAAGAGAAAAUUAUCAACUCUGUGGACCUGGCUGGAGAACAAUCACUACAACAAAGCGCAGCUCUGGGAGGAUAUUGAAGAUGUAAUUAUCAAGACUCUGAUCUCUGCACACCCGAUCCUCAAACACAACUAUCGAACUUGUUUCCCAAAUCACAUCGCAGGCAGCGCUUGUUUUGAGAUUCUAGGAUUUGACAUCCUAGUGGACAAAAAAUUAAAACCUUGGCUGCUGGAGGUGAAUCAUUCCCCAAGCUUUACCACAGACUCCCGCUUGGACAGGGAAGUGAAGGAUUCUCUACUCUGUGAUACCCUUCACUUGAUCAAUCUCCGGGCUUGUGACAAAAGAAAAGUUCUUGAGGAAGAUAAACGCAGAGUUAAGGAGCGAUUACUGCAAAGGAAUGUUCCUAAGGAAAACAGACGGGAACAAUUGGAAAGCACUCAGGCGGCUUGGCUGGAACAAGUCGAAAAAUAUGAAGACAGCCACCUGGGAGGGUAUCAGCGUAUUUACCCACAAGCCACAGCAGACAAAUACGAGAAGUUCUUCAAACACAGCGGCUCAUUGUUCCAGGAGACUGCCGCUUCAAGGGCCAGAGAGGAGUGUGCAAGACAGCAGCUGGAAGAACUGCGGCUGAAACAAGAGCAAAAGGAAAUACCUACUGCAAAGAAGAAGAAAGAACAAAAAGAUGCCUUGCAAGGAGAGUCAGCAGGUGAAAAGGCAGUAAAAUACAAGGUGACAAGAAGACCAUCUACCCGCACUCUGACCAGUGGCUGUAGAACCGCGGAGAGAAAGAAAGAAGAAGCGACAGUAGACUCAAUGAAGCCAAUAGAAAUAAACGAAAAAGAGGAAAUGGAGCGACUGCAAGGUCUUCAGCAGAGAGAGAAGCUCAUUCGAGCCAUGGGCAUAGUGGAUCAUGUCUACAGACUGUUGAGCAUUCAGGAGCCCAGGACUCCUGAAUUCAAGGCACCUGACUACAGUCUUCUAGAUGUUCAAACUAGAAAUCAAACCCGGUUUCAUCAAGCACUAGUGAUGUGCCAGGACACAGAUGGAAGCAUGACCCAUGUUCCGGUGUCCUACCUAGGAGGCUCAGCCAUGGACACAGUAGUGCAGACCGUUGCUACAGUCAACCAGUUUCACUUUGGCUAUUCAGCAGGCUUAUCCAGCUUCCUAGGUGCUGUUGGAGCACCACCUCCCACACAUUAUGCAGCCAGAAGAUACACAAACCAAAAACCCUUAACCUGGAAUGGAGCCCAAAACAUGCGAGCAAUAACUACUGUCAAUGACAACAGCUCUCUGAACAAGCAAAUGAAAAGUGGAACCCACAUAAGACUCUCAAGUGCCAAAACCAAGGUGGAUCAGAAAAGCCCAUCUAAUAAAAAGCCAAAUCGCUUUAAUGGAACUUAUGCUGGGUCUCUGAGUACCUUGCCUCCUAAUGGUAAAGGGUCAUCUGCAGCUUCAGGUUGCACUCUGCCUGCUGUUGGGGGAUUGUCUUCUGCUGAUGGACUAUUAGCCAUUUCAUCAUGCUCAGCUACUCUUGCUCAGCGCCCCGAUCAUUCAAGGCAGUAUAUAAAUUGGAAAUGGAGUUAGAAAGUGCCAAAUGACAGAGCCCUCCAACAAUUCUGACCUCAGCCGUCUUCUUUUUUUCUCAUUUUUUUUUUUUAUCUUCACGACAGAAUUCCACUUCAAUCCAAUGAACGAUUUUGUUUGCUAGCAAAUAGACUAGGAAUAAUUGUACUGUCACCAUUACAAUCAGUAAAGACGUCAGGUAUUAUCACUUUGUCUAGUAUUAGAGGAAGGACUGCAAGGUCGUAGCCAAUGCUCAAACACUGUGAAUCCCAAGAUUGUAAAUGAAGAGUAUUAAAUAA